AGUGGACCUGAGUGAUCAGAGCAGCUUCCUCUGUGAAGACCAAACCGAAAGUAACUGAGGAGAGUAGCGGUAACUUGUCGCCCCCCGAGUCCGAGAGAAGACCCCCCAGAUCAGCGCUGUGGACUCAACACGGUUGACUUUCACAUCCUGCUCAUAAGGUCCAUGAUGGAACCUCCUGAAUUCAGCAACAGAGUACCCAGCUGCGUGUCUUUGAAGAGUGACCGGUCUAUGGGGGAGCCUCCUGGAUUCAACAGAGGAGGAAGACAAUCCAGCUGCGUGUCUAUGAAGAGUGACCGGUCUAUGGGGGAACCUCUGGGAUUCAGCAGAGGAGGAGAACCCAGCUGCGUGUCUAUGAAGAGUAACUGGUCUAUGGGGAAACCUCUGGGAUUCAGCAGAGGAGGAGGAGAACCCAGCUGCAUGUCUAUGAAGAGUGACUGGUCCAUGGGGGAACCUCUGGGAUUCAGCAGAGGAGGAAGAGAACCCAGCUGUGUGUCUAUGAAGAGUGAUUGGUCCAUGGGGGAACCUCUGGGAUUCAGGAGAGGAGGAAGACAACUCAGAUGUGUGUCUAUGAAGAGUGACCGGUCCAUGGGGGAACCUCUGGGAUUCAGCAGAGGAGGAAGACAUCCCAGCUGUGUGUCUAAGAAGAUUGACCGGUCCAUGGGGAAACGUUCUGGAUUUAGGAGAGGACGAGGAGGAGAACCCAGCUGUGUGUCUGUGAGCCCAAAGCUGAACUCCACAGAAACAGCACUGCAGAUAAACUCUCUGGUGGAGGAAACUGAAGACCUUCAUCUGGAUUCUUAUCAACCAGUGAAUGAUGUCCUGAGCAGAGUCUUAAAGACACACAAAACCAGCAUGAAGAACAAGUACGCGAGCUUAUUUGAGGGAAUCAGAACAGAAGAGAAUAAAACCCUCCUGAACAGGAUUUACACACAGCUCUACAUCAUAGAGGGAGAGAGAGAAGGAGUGAAUGAGGAACAUGAGGUUCUACAGAUGGAGAAAACAACCAGGAAACACCUACAAGACAUUCCAAUCGACUGCUUAGACAUCUUUAAAGAAGUAACAGAAAAGAGAGACAUUAGAGCUACAACAGCUAAACUUGUCAGGCAAAAUGAAAGAAAAGAGGAUGAAGAACCAAAACAGCGAAAGAUCAGAACAGUUCUGACUAAAGGAAUCGCUGGAAUUGGAAAAACUGUCUCAGUGCAGAAGUUCAUUCUGGACUGGGCUGAAGGAAAAGCCAAUCAGGAUGUAGAUGUCAUGAUUGUGCUUCCGUUCCGGGAGCUGAACCUGAUUAAAGAUGAUCAAUACAGUCUUCAUGAACUUCUGUGUGGUUUCCAUCCUGAGCUCAAAGAUCUGGACCCAGAGAUUUAUGAUCAGAUCAAAGCUGUGUUUAUAUUUGAUGGUCUGGAUGAAAGCAGAAUUCCACUGGACUUUGAACAGUGUGAGAAACUAUCUGACAUCACCAUGACAUCAUCAGUGGGUGUGUUGAUGACAAAGCUCAUCAAAGGACAGCUGCUUCCCUCUGCUCUGAUCUGGAUCACCUCCCGACCAGCAGCAGCCAAUCAGAUCCCUCCUAAAUACGUCAACCGUGUGACAGAAAUUCAGGGAUUCAGUGACCCACAGAAGGAGGAGUACUUCAGGAAGAGGAUCAGUGAUGAAGACCAGGCCGAGAGAAUCAUCUCCCACAUUAAGACAGCAAGGAGCCUCCACAUCAUGUGCCACAUUCCAGUCUUCUGCUGGAUCUCAGCCACUGUUCUUCAGAGAAUCAUGAAGCAGCGUCAUACAGAAAUCCCUAAAACUCUGACUGAAAUGUAUUCGCACUUCCUGCUCACUCAGACCAACAUGAAGAACGAGAAGUAUGAGGAGAAAAAGAGCAGAAACCCAAAGAAGCUGCUGGAGUCCAACAGAAUCAUGAUUCUGAAACUGGCUAAACUGGCUUUCAAUCAGCUGAUGAAGGGCAAUGUGAUGUUCUAUGAAGAGGACCUGAGAGAGAACGGCAUUGAUGUCACUGACGCCUCAGUGUAUUCUGGGAUUUUCACUGAGAUCUUUAGACAGGAAUGUGUGGUUUUUCAGAAGAAGGUCUACAGCUUCGUUCAUCUGAGCUUUCAGGAAUUCCUGGCUGCCGUCUUUGUGUUUCACUGCUACGAGUGCAAAAUCAUGGAGUCCCUGCAGUGUUUAAAACCAAGUAAUAGAAGACCAGAAGCUUUUUUCUUACAACAGAGAGAGUGGUCUGAUAAUUAUCCACUGGAUGAUCUGCUAAAAGGAGCAGUGGAUAAAGCCUUAGACAGUCAGAAUGGACAUCUCGAUCUUUUCCUCCGUUUCCUGCUGGGCAUCUUGCUGGAGUCCAAUCAGACACUCCUACAGGGUCUACUCAUACACAUACAGAGACCACCAGAGAGAAUUAAGCAGUACAUCAAGGACAUAAUAACAGAUACAGAAAGACAUCACAUCUCAGCUGAGAGAUCCAUUAAUCUGUUCUUCUGUCUGUCUGAAAUGAAUGACCAGACUCUCUUCAGACAGAUUGAGGAGUAUCUAAAAUCAGAGAAACAUUCAGGUGAAGAUCUUUCUCCUGCACAGUGUUCAGCACUAGCCUACAUGAUCCUGAUCUCUGAGGAGGUUCUGGAUGAGCUGAACCUGAAGAACUACACAUCAUCAGAGAAGGGUUAUAGGAGACUGAUCCCAGCUGUGGCCGCUUGCAGAAAAGCCCAGUAA